AUGGCUAGCCCCCGAAGGCCCCUGGCCACACCGUCCGCCCUCCUCCUGCUCUUCCUCCUCGUCGCCACAGAGAUGGGGGCGACGAUGACCAAGGUGGCGGAGGCGCGGGACUGCCUGUCGCAGAGCCACAACUUCAAGGGCGCGUGCCUCAGCAGCAGCAACUGCGCCGCCGUCUGCCACACGGAGAACUUCCCAGACGGCGAGUGCCACACGCCGCACUUCGCGCGCAAGUGCUUCUGCAAGAGGCCCUGCUAGACCGCCUGCUGGCCCCGCCCUGCCGGCCAGCGCCGAGACCUCUGAUGCUAGAUCAUCCGUGCCGUGAGCUUAUACUGUCUGUUCUGUUGGUCGGUGCAUCCAUGUUUCGUCAGUCGUUCUUCUUAACGAGACUACUAGAUCAUCCGUCCGUAACAAGUUCUAUGUUGUUCCUCGGUGUGUCCCGCUUAGUAGAACUAAUAAACUAGAAAAUCAAUCAGGGUCUCGGUAGUUUACUACGCUGUACGUCGUGUUUGUGCCUGAUUUGCGCGUGGUGAUGUACUAAAUAUGGUCGUUGUUUCGGCAUGGGUGAACAUGUGCAGUGCA